AUGAUGGGAAACGCCGACGGGUCAUCAAAUGUCGGGAACUCCCCCUCUUGCUUCGAUUAUGCACAUCACUCUCGCGAUUUGGCCUCGAGUGCCCUGGUUGAGAUGGUGUCACGGCCCAACUUAAAGUCUCUUCACCUCUUCCGAAUCCAUAUGAUGCCCGUUGACUUCCUGGACCACUGUGAAGGGCUAAAAUCCCUUUGCAUCGAAGACUCGUGGGGUAUCUCCAGCAACAAUAUCGCUCCGAAACCCCUAGUCGGAUGCCCUAUCAUUCCUUUGGACGAAAUCCUCGUAGCAAGAAGUUCAAUUCUUCUGGACGUGUUACUCCGUUCAAAAGGGAGAAUUGACCUCAGCCACGUCCAGAAAGUGACUGCCGAGAUUGAGGACGAUCCCUCUACGGAGACGUCCUGGAAGCUGAUACAGCACGCCAGCCAAACCCUCACGACGCUUGCUUUGGUGGUUAGGAAGCCGAAAUUCCUGCGGUUUUUUGUGGAUAGAGCCCAGCCGCCAGCCCUCCGUCCACUGAUUACCCUGUCUUCGCUGACCCUCCUCCGAACUCUGUCUUUCUCUCUGGUGCUCAAUGGCAACGUCGACCCCCAACGGCAUAACCCAUUGCACACUCUAUGCCUCCUUCUCCACACGCCGGGCCCAAUGCUCGAGGAGAAUUGGGUUGGUGCUCCGCGCUCACGGGGUGCCGGUGAACGCCCAUCGACUUUCCUUAGCGAACUCGAUGAUGUUCUAUGCGAUGCACAAACCCUUCCUCACCUGGCUCAAGCGGAACUAGAGAUUAUCCUCCCGGAAGCAGACGAAGGCUCCUCAGAGGAUUUCGUGACAGAUAUGGACUAUGAAGGAGAUGACAAGGUCGACGCAUGGGAAGCGAGGAGACUCCCAACCGUGUACGAGCUGCGGCGGAACUUGAAGAAAAUGAUGAAGCAGACUCAUAGGCGAUUAGGGAAUGAGCUUCAUAUAGUACAGCUGGAGGUUCCUUGA